ACUUCCAGCGGUAAGCCCCAACAGGAAUCUGAGCAGGUGUGUGAAGGCAGCACACACCUGUUACUCAUUAGGAGUCCUGCAGCCAACUCCCGACUUGAAAAAACACAACAUGUUCGCUGGAAUUACAAAGAAAAUGAAUCCAGAAUUUUCAUUCAUCUUUUUCAUACUGGUGCCUCAUGCCAUAUCGUUUGGACGUUGCAACAGUCUUUCCUUCUCAAUAUGCUGGAUAAACAAGGACAAUGCUCUGGAAAGGCAAAAUGGAAACAUAUGGCUUAAUGAUACAGCAUUAAAAUCCAUCUGGAAGGAAGGUAAAGUUACCUCCCUGACGGUGCCAUCAGCUGUAGAAAACAAACUAACACUUCAGUAUGGAGGCUCUGUUCAGACAUGGACUUUCACUGCAAGUACAAAGUUCAUUCAGAUCAGAGGUCGGCAGAAACCCCAAGAGAAACCAACAAGUGUGACUAAGGGCUUCCUGGAGUUGUUGCGUCCCUCUGAAGUGUUUGCGUGUGAAAAUGGCACAUCAUUCUUCCACCAGGACGAAAACUUCUUCCUUGCAAUUGGCCACACUAUGCAUCAUCCUGUCAAGCUCGAGUCCAGGACUACCUCCAUGUUGCUGGUCUCCUGGGUGGAGAACCGCUCGGCUGUCAGCAACAGCCACACCGUGACCCUGUACCAUACUGAACUGAGCUCCUAUAACACUCUCAGCACGGACACCACCACCAAGAACCAUUACCGCUUCACAGCUCUGGACUCUUGCAGCCCCUAUGUGGCCUGUGUGGAGAUUGCAGGCAGUCACUCGUUCACCUGCCUCUCUACUAUUACCGACCCAGACAUUCCCAAAGACUUUGAGGUGACGUCAUGGAACAGCAGCAGCAUAUCUUUGACCUGGGACUGCCCUGAGAAGUUCUCCCUCUUCCUCCUCACCGCCUUCUACCUCAACGGAACAGACCACGUCACAGAGGAGGUGCCCCUGUGGGUCAAUGAGGGCACCUUCAUCUUGUCUGAGCUGCAGCCGUGCAGCAGGAUUAAGUUUGGCCUGCAGACGGUUUGUCAGGCAGGGAUGGAGUCCCGCUAUAGCAAGAUGGUCCUGAAUGAUGGAAACUCUAUUCACUCCAGUAUCAAUGCCUUGCAUCAGUCAUUGUUUGGCCCCGACAACUACACCCUGAGCUGGGAGGUGAGGAGCACCUCAUCCAUCUCCAUGUUCAGAGUUUACCACGAGGGGGCGUUGCAGGGCACCACGCUCAUCACCAACUACACUGUGCGAGAGCUGCUGCCGUGCAAACAAUACCAGGCCAAGGUGGUGGCACUGUGUGGAGAUGGUAUACUCAUGAGUUCCAAGACAGUCACAGCACACACAGGACCUCACGGUGUGUCUGAGCUCCAGUACCACUCUAACAACUCCACCGCCCAGUGGAAGCCCAGCAGCACCCACCACCCAGCAAUGGCCUUUUUAUACGAACUGUCUCUGCAGAAUGGCAUCAUCCUACAGAGGAGCCGUGUGACUGACACACAGCUGCCUCUCCCAGGGCUGCAGGAAGGGAAGAGCUACAUCCUCUAUGUGUGGGAGGAAUGUGGUGGGCACCGGGAGUCAGAACGUUCUCAUGUGUACUUCAAGGGAGCUGAUUCAUCUUUGACGCUCCUUGGAAGGGCUAUAGGACGCAGCCUGGAACAACAGCGGGAGUCACCGUUUUCCAGCAUGACUCUCACAAUGGUCAUCCCCUGGUCACUGCCUGAGGAUCUGCAGGAUGACGCAUCAGAACCAAGAGCUGCAAUGGGGAAGAUUUUUAAAGAUAAGCUGCAGAAGCUGUUGAAAGGCUUUGAUCGGCCAGCCCGCAUCGAGCUGGCCACCUUUAAACCUGCAAAUGAGCCAGACAAAACAGAGACUCUGUUUAUGUCUUUUGAUGCGUCCAAAACGAAAGAUGUGCCCCUGCCGGUUAAAGAUCAGCUGAAUUACAUUCGCUCCCUGAAUGCAACCGAUGUGACGGUUACAGAUGGGGUGAUUCACUGGAACGGUCCAGAUCUGUGUGCUCCCUCCAUCCAAACUGUGUGUCCCCGUAAUUCUCUGUGCAUCAACACUCUGGGCUCCUAUACCUGUGUGUGCCAACAUGGCUUCUAUGAUGUGAGCGCCAUCAUCGGGCCUUCUGCGGCUUUACAUCCAGUCUGCAAUGAAAAGGGCCUUUUCAGCCAGUGUCUGGCAAAACUGGCGACUGGUGGAAUAGCAAAACCCUACCUGACUUCUCACAUGGGGGGGAAUGUCGAUGUGAAGCUGAAUGAUGGACGGUGUGCUGUGGAUGAGGGGGACGUGUUCUACUACUUCCAUGCCUCGCAAAAAGCCUCUGAAUGUGGAACUGAGAGACGGGUGAACAAAACCCACAUUGAGUUCCAAAACACUCUGACCGUGACCUUGACCAAAGAACAAACCAUCACCCGGCGGGAUCUAAAAGUCAUCUGGAAAUGUGUCUACCCACGACACUAUGUUCGUAACGCUCACGUCAGCGUGGAUCUGGAGUGGCUCUCUUCCCUCUCUCUGGUAAAGUACAGCCCAUCACUGCAGCUGGGCCUGACCAUGAACCUGUACACUGACGUGUCAUACGUCUACAGCUACAGCCAUGUCAAAGCCCUGGAGCUCGAUGACACCCUGUUCUUCCAGGUGGCCCUGCAGACCAACAACACUUUUGCUUCAGACAUGCUCCUGCAGGUGGAGUCAUGCUGGGCCACUGAGGGCACUGACCCACAGGACAGCGUCCAGGGUGUUCUUCUUCAGGAUGGCUGUCCUGUUGACAACACCUUCCACUGGGUCUCUGUUAACGGCGCGGCACAGAGAAGCAGAUUUUCUGUUCAGAUGUUCACCAUGCCCAAAGGACAGCCCUUCUACAUUCACUGUCUGGCCAACAUAUGUGGACCUGAUGAAGACUGUGUAAAGAAUUGCACCAACAAGCAUCGCACCAAGAAGUCAGUGAGCCAGGAGGACGGAAUGGGGAAACGAGCUGCUGUUGUGUCUGCUGGACCUCUGGUGGUCAACGAGAGGGUGAAGUCAGGAGUCCCAUCAUCUUCCUGGGCAGAGCACAUGACUAUGAUCUCCAUUGUGGCUGGAUCAAUAGGCUUUCUGGGAGUAACCAUACUCUCAGUGAGUGCAACCAAAGCAAUCAUGACUUACUAUGAACGACUACGGCUCCAAUAAAGUGUUUGGAGUGUG